UGUUGACGUAGGAAUCGCUCGCGCUGUGUGUGUCUUUUUUCCCCCCUGUUCCUUCAGAGAACCAGAAACCGCUAUGUGUUGACGGUGUGAAGGCGAGAAGCCGCUCUGACCGCCCGAGCCAGAGAGCGAGCCUGCGGGGAUUGUGGAGUCGCUCUGAAGAUGAAAUUCAGAUAACUACGGUUGAAACUAGUCUCUCUCUCUUCCAUUUUUUUCAUUCUUUCUCUCUCUUCGUCACGGAGUAAUGGACAAGCCGCCGCCGCCGAAGCCUCCUCUGCUGCCGCUUCUCUGCUCGCAGCUCAGCCUCCAACACAGGGUGAAUGAGGUGACCCUAACCAGCGCCUUUCUGUCCUGGAGAGACGUCGAGACGAGACCAAAGCGGACCUCUGGCAGCAUUUAUGGUCCUCUAAAGGCUGCAGGCAGCCACUACGUUCCAGUGUGCGAGAUCAUAUCCGUCCAGGAGACGGAGGAAGACUGCCCGAACACAGAUGUAGGAAAGUGGCAGAAAGUUCCACACAAUCCAGCUGAAUCUAACCAGCACGCUUUUACAGUGUCCUAUGUGGAGAGGACUCCGAAACACCGCUGGCGGUGCAGUGAAGUCACCCUCCAUUGCACUGAUAGGACACUGUGUCUGCAAUGGGUCCAAGCCAUCAGGGAACAGCUCUCACUAUUGACCAUCCGACCGAAGCGAUUGCUCGUCUACAUAAAUCCCUACGGAGGGAAACACCGCGGGAAAAGGAUUUACGAGCAGAAAGUAGCCCCAAUUUUUUCCCGUGCUUCGAUUUCCACCGACGUGAUUGUUACAGAGCGGGCCAAUCACGCGAGGGACCACUUGAAAACGGAGGCGGAUCUAAAGAAAUACGACGGGUUGGUUUGUGUCGGGGGAGACGGCAUGUUCAGUGAAAUCAUGCAUGGCCUAAUCUCCCGUACGCAGCGCGACUCCGGGGUAGACCAGGACCGUUCAGACGAGACUCUGAUACCUUGCGGUCUCCGUAUUGGCAUCAUUCCCGCAGGUUCCACUGAUUGCGUAUGCUAUGCAACGGUCGGCUCUAACGACCCCGUGACCUCAGCGCUGCACAUCGUCGUGGGAGACUCCCAACCAAUGGACGUCUGUUCCAUUCACCAUAACAACACUUUUCUCCGCUACUCCGUCUCACUGCUUGGUUACGGUUUCUAUGGCGACGUGCUGACUGACAGCGAGAGAAAGCGUUGGAUGGGCCCGGCUCGCUACGACAUCUCAGGUGUUAAAACGUUCCUGUCACAUCGCUACUACGAAGGGACGAUCUCUUUCCUUCCUGCCGACGAGAACGUGGGAACGCCACGUGACAAGCUGCAGUGCCGAGCCGGGUGUAAUAUCUGCAGGCUGCCUACAGCUGACAAGCAGGUUUACAAAGACAAGGAGAGCGGCUCCGAUACCGAGACUGAUGGAGCAUGGCAGGUCAUCAGGGGAAAGUUUCUGGCAAUUAAUGCUGCAUGUAUGAGCUGUGCUUGUCCUCGCAGUCCAAAAGGCCUGGCUCCCUCUGCACACCUAGCUGAUGGCACAGCCGACCUCAUCCUGGUUCGCAAGUGCACACGGUUUGAUUUCCUCCGCCACCUGCUUCGUCACACCAACAAAGACGACCAGUUUGAUCACCCUUUUGUAGAGGUGUACCGCGUGCGACAGUUCCGCUUUACGCCCAGAUACGAGGACGGCGACUCUGAGCUGGAGCUGCGUGAGGCCGGGGGAUCUGGUCACGCACGCUUCUUCAGCCAGAUAUGCAGAGAGCAUCCAGCAUGCACCUGUAGCCUGGCACACAGCAGCUGGAACUGUGAUGGUGAAAUCCUGCCUCAUGCUGCAAUUCAAGUCAGAGUGCACUGCCAGUUGAUCAAGCUGUUUGCGAGAGGGAUUGAAGAGCAGUCUGUCUUUGAAGAACCCUACGCUCUCGGUGCAAUGUAAAGCUGCCUGUCACUGGAAAGAGAAGAAGGGGAAAAAAAAAUCGAACUUACUAGACCAUGAAGAAUCCUAAACCUCUAGGUCACAUUUGGGUUAACAGUGCUGUUACAAGUUCCGUUACAAAUACAUUUAUAGUGUUUGCAGGAAAAAAUGAUGUCAUUAGUUUGCUGGGAUGCACAACAGUAGAGUAGAUAGCGCCUGUAUUCCCACAGUGUAUUAUUAUUUUUAAACAAAAAGUGAUUCCGUUGACCCAACGUGAUCAACGUGAAACCGCUAUGCAUGAUUUCCAUCUGUCUUCCUCAAUUGUCAAGCUGGCCUUGAUGACAACAGUGUCCCAAACCGAACAUGCAAAUCUUUUCAUUGCUGGGCAUGAAGUACCUGACAUUAUCCUGCCGUAGGUAUUAAACAUAAUAUAUUUGGUUAUUAUUUCCUGGAAAUUGUAUUUAACUAUGAGUGCGUAAUAUUUCACUGUUCUAUCCUGCAGCUAAAAUGUGUAAUAUAUAUCAUAUGUAACAUCUUAAUUGUUUUGUAGCAGUUGAUCACUGAGGCACAGUGUAGCUAAUAACGAUCAGUCUCUUAGUUAUUUCCUAUUCGGGACCUUAUCCUGAGGUCAGCUACUUAGUAGGAACUUCAAUCUCCUGCUAAAAUCAAGCAUCAUUGUAGAUAUUUAGCUGAAAUAUUAGCAUGAUCAUUUUUGUUCCCGGAGUCUCUGUUAUAAGCAUUGUGAGCUCUAGACUAAAUGUAGGUGAUGACCUGUUCUAGCUUCGUCUCUAACUCAAUUCUCCAGGGUGUCGACCUGUUUUGGGAUCUCGACCCUUCAUUGACUACGUGUUUCUUUCACUCAGGUUUCUUCUUUCCCCCCGUCUUAUUUCCGCAAAGUUAAAAACAGCCAUCGGGCACUCUGUUCUCUUGCCUUCCGCUGAAGGUUUAAUGUGAACUCUAAGGCUGAGUUCUUUCACCAUCAGGGAAAUUUUAGCAGUCUGUGAUUUAAUGAAAUUGCUUCUUCUCUAUAGUGCAUCUGCUGUUUGGCGAAGCCGAGGUGCUCCUCGAGGUUUUUUUGAAUACUGAAAGAUCUGAUAAAUCAUUCAUCUCAACUCCACCCCUCAUAUAAUUCAAGUAAAGUAGAGCCGCUGUAGCGUGUGAUAACGCCAGUAGUCAAUGCCAGGCCAUGAACUGUCCUCAGCAUGUGUGGGUGUGUGUACAAACAGCAGCCAUCUGACAGCUGCUGUGUUUGGCAGCCCGGUUCAUGGCCAAUCAAACACUUACAUGCCCAUAUGCAUCAACCGCUGCGUCAACAAACCUCCCUUUCUUGCACACGUACAGCCCCGAGAUUGGACUGCAUCAGCACCACAACCAUAAUUCAAAAUCCUCUUCGUCCCAGCUGUAAAUAUCCACUGCCAUCUACUCUCGCUCUGGCUCUUAGUGCUGCAGCCGUCCCUAAUUUACAGUCCAGCGCUGGUAGUUGUGACGAGGCUGUUUGCUCUACAUUACAGCAUCAUCAGUAUCCAUGACCCCGUAUACAUAACCUGUGCAGCCUUAGUAGUGAUCACUGUGAGCAAAGCAACCAUUCCCUUCGAUACGCUGCCUAGAUCAUAAAGUCUCAGGCGUGACUGAAAAGCGGGAUGUUCAUCUCGCAGGUUUCGAGAUGACGCAUGGAAUGAUGUAUGACCUGAAAUGUACAAGUUGAUGUGUGUUACCAAAAAAAUUCAAAUACUCAAUAAAGUUCUUUAAAACAUU